CGGCUUCUGGUCGCUUCAUGGUCAGACUGGGAAUCCGAACAGUCACCCGGUCCGAAGAUUACCGAUACAUUCUCUACUUACUUUUACCCACAAGCAAUCUAUUCUUCUCCAUGUUGUCCCCUGUGUUACGGAGAGCACUUAACGUGAAAUCUCGUUCGCAUUUCCUUCUCACCGUUCGUCAUUUUCAAACUCUAGAUGAAGCGGGAAGGUGCUCCGAUGAACCCAUGCCACCUCCACUGAAGGGUAUCAAGGUCCUCGACUUGACUCGUAUUCUUGCCGGCCCCACAGCUACGAUGUUGCUCGCGGAUCUGGGUGCGGAUGUUAUCAAAGUUGAACAGAUUGGCAAGGGGGACGAUACUCGUACCUGGAACCCUCCAGCUGCACCAUUGCUACCAGAAGCCCAGCAACCAGUAGGCUCAACUCAUCUACCCCCUGAAAGCGCGUAUUACCUUGCUAUAAACCGUAACAAGCGCUCCAUUACUGUCGACUUCAAAUCCCCUCAAGGAUUGGAGAUUGUUCGCAAGCUUGUUGAACGUUCUGACGUUCUUGUCGAGAAUUUCAUUGCCGGGAAACUGGCAGAGCUCGGUCUAGGAUGGGAACAUUGCAAGGAAAUUAAUCCGAGACUCAUUUAUGCUUCGGUCACAGGUUACGGUCAAACUGGUCCCUACCGACAGAAUGCCGGAUACGAUGUGAUUAUUGAAGGGGAGGCAGGUUUGAUGCAUAUAACUGGAGAACCUGACCGUCCACCCUGCAAAGUAGGCGUUGCUGCUACUGAUAUUGCUACCGGUCUAUAUACGCACGGAGCCAUCAUGGCCGCCCUCAUUUCACGCCAACAGACCGGGAAAGGUGUAUGGAUUGACGCAAACUUAUUCGAGUGUCAGAUUGCCGGUCUAGCCAACAUCGCAUCCAACUAUCUUAUUGCUGGACAAGAAGCAACGCGGCACGGCACUGCUCAUCCAUCCGUCGUCCCGUACGAGGUAUUCCCAUGCAAAGAUGGGUUCUUGAUGAUUGGAGCUGGAAACGACAAGCAGUUCAAAACGCUAUGUACCAAGGUCCUCGACAUUCCGUCGCUUCCUACGGAUCCCAUAUUCUUUUCCAAUACCGCUCGUGUCAAGAAUCGCAAAGAGUUAAUCCAGAUCAUAACUGACGAGUUCAUGAAAGACACUAAAGAGGUAUGGUUAGAGCGAUUCCGGGGCUCAGGUGUGCCUCAUGGACCUAUCAAUAACAUGCACGAGACUUUCAAUCACCCUCAAGCAAUUGCCAGAAAGGUCGCGGUUGAAGUCGAUCACCCACGGACCGGGAAAAUCAAGCUAGUGGCGCCCCCGAUUUCGUAUAAUGGACAAAAGAUGCCAGUGAGGAGGCAUCCACCAUGGCUAUCUGAACACACAGAUGAGGUGCUCACAGAGUUGGGAUACUCUCAGGAGAAAAUCAAAGAAUUCAGAGAAGUUGGAGUGGUAUAAUCAUAAACUCAAACUGUGAGUUUACAACGUAUAUAAAGGAACGGGCUUUGGAGGAAUUUCAACAUACUGUACUCGUGUAGCUCGUUGUCUUUCUGAUCUGACCUUCAACUUAUUAAUUCGUCC